AGAAUGAAGUUAUUUAUGUGAAAAAGUUUGUUGAGGUUGGUCAUAAUAAUACUCUCUGUUUAGAUCAUACGUAUGAAGGAAUUAUUUGUCACCAAAAUUGUGGAGUGGAAUAUAAUAAACAAGACGCAAAUGAUCUUCGAAAAUGUGACUGUUUAUCGGAAAAUAAACUUUGCAUGAAGUGUGAGUGUGGACCUGAAAGUAACAUUGCCGAAGAAUUGCUAAUAAAUAAAAUUCAUUACGAAAAAGCCGUUAGAGAUUAUCAAGAUAGUAUAUCCAAUGCUGAUGCUUGUAAAAAUAUUUUGAAUGAACUGAAUUCCAAAGUAGAAGGACUUUGCGAAU